AUGUGUGGACAAUCAGAAUUAAGCUGCACAUUUCUUGACACAGAUACAGGUGGAGGACAGACCAGCUGACUGAGGAGCAGGAGGAGGGGCGGACCCUGCCGGAGGAGCUGCUCCACUCCGACAGACACACAGUCAACUUGAUCGAGGAGAACCUGCGACUCGAGCCGCCGCCGCCACCGCUGAGCCCCCGGCAGUGACCAGCCUUUUCUCUGCCUGGGAGUUCAGCUAGCAAGCUAAAUAGCUGACUGGGUUAUCGUAAGAGCCAACAGCAAACCGUGCUGUUUGCAAUUCCGGACCGCAGAAUUAAACCGGAGCACUGUAACCAGCUGUUUUAUUGGCGACUUAAAAAAUGUCUAUAUUACCGUUCACUCCUCCAAUCGUGAAGAGGCUCCUCGGCUGGAAGAAGGGAGAGCAGAACGGGCAGGAGGAGAAAUGGUGCGAGAAGGCUGUCAAAAGUCUUGUGAAGAAGUUGAAAAAGACGGGACAGUUGGACGAGCUGGAAAAAGCCAUCACAACACAGAAUGUCAACACGAAAUGCAUAACCAUACCCAGGUCACUAGACGGGCGACUCCAGGUCUCCCACAGAAAAGGUCUUCCUCAUGUGAUCUACUGCCGCUUGUGGCGCUGGCCAGACCUGCAGUCCCACCAUGAGCUGAGGGCUGUCGACCACUGUGAAUUUGCCUUCCACACCAAGAAGGAUGAGGUGUGCGUUAACCCCUACCACUACCAGAGGGUGGAGACACCAAUUUUGCCUCCUGUCCUAGUACCACGACAUACAGAUAUCCCCGCAGAGUUCCCACCAUUGGAUGACUAUAGCCCAUCCAUCCCUGAGAACACCAACUUCCCCGCUGGCAUUGAGCCCCAGAGUAACUAUAUACCUGAAACUCCCCCACCAGGGUAUCUGAGUGAGGAUGGUGAGACAAACGAUCACCAGCUCAACCACAGCAUGGACACAGGUUCGCCCAGCUUGUCGCCCAAUCCUGUGUCACCAGCAAACAGUAAUCUUGACUUACAACCGGUGACGUACUGCGAGUCUGCCUUCUGGUGCUCCAUCUCUUACUACGAGCUUAACCAACGCGUAGGAGAGACCUUCCACGCCUCCCAGCCCUCCCUCACAGUAGACGGAUUCACAGACCCUUCCAACUCCGAGCGCUUCUGUCUGGGCUUGUUGUCCAACGUCAACCGCAACUCAGCAGUCGAGCUCACGCGCAGACACAUAGGACGGGGCGUGAGGUUGUACUACAUUGGGGGAGAGGUGUUUGCGGAGUGUCUCAGUGACAGUGCCAUCUUUGUCCAGAGUCCCAACUGCAACCAGCGCUACGGCUGGCAUCCUGCCACUGUCUGCAAAAUCCCUCCAGGCUGCAACCUAAAGAUCUUCAACAACCAGGAGUUUGCUGCCCUGCUUGCCCAGUCAGUCAACCAGGGCUUUGAGGCUGUCUACCAACUCACAAGGAUGUGCACCAUUCGCAUGAGUUUUGUCAAGGGUUGGGGAGCUGAGUACAGACGUCAGACAGUGACCAGCACCCCCUGCUGGAUAGAGCUGCAUCUCAACGGCCCCUUGCAGUGGCUGGACAAGGUCCUCACACAGAUGGGCUCUCCCAGCAUCCACUGCUCCAGUGUGUCCUAGAAGGAGCAACCCUCCCUUCCCAUCUACACACAAACCACAUAGGAAAACUUGAGCGUCUCUCAGUGAUAAUUAGGAAAGAGACGGUACUCAUCAAGUCAACAAAUCACUCUCCUCCCUCGCUGUCUUAAACAUUUCACCUCACAUGUAUAGCACUUUCCUUAGUAUCAUUUAGUGUCUCCAUUUGAUGGUUAUUUUAGGACAUUUAGUUUCCGACAGACAGCCACAGGGUUUUUUCAGUAGGUUUCAAAAUGACUAGCCACAUCUUGCCAUUUUCUUCAUUUUUCAUUCAGACUUCAUGUCUAUGCAUAGUGCUGUAAUUUGUAUUUGAUGGGAUUGAAAUGUUUGUCUCCCAAGUUGGCAUUUAUGACACAGUUUCGGCUUGGUCAUCUUUUACAUGUUUCAAAACAUUUUUGAUUCUAUGAAUUAGCUAAACCUAUGAAUACGCUAUCAUCACUGGUGUUUCAGUGUCCGUUCUUUGUAAUCAUUUAAUUGGGAGGAUUUAUUUAUCAGCUGAACUUGAGAAUUAACUGAAAAAAUGUCAUUCUGAGUAGUGAUGAAAUAGAAAAUAUUUAAAUAUUUUAAGUACAACGUACUUUGCCCAUGAUUUCUCUAUAUUAAUGAAAGUGUCAAUUAUCUGAUUGAUCAUUUAAUUGGUAUUUUAUUCUAUUUUAAACAAGAAAAUAGACAUUAGCACCAUUGUUUCUUGAAAAGAACCCUUGUAUGAAAACUAUUUUGCUCAGUGAAAGAGACAUUUUAUAAGUUAUUUUUGCAUACUGUCCUGCAUGGAAAUAUAUUUUUAUUAUUGCCUCAAUAUGAUUGUACAUAAAUAUUUAUAGCUUGUGAUUUCUUGUAGUCAUGCAUUGCUUGAAACAGUGGACCAGACUGACCUCUGGCAUGAGUAGAUUCACAGAAAGACUUUUGCUUUAAUGACCCAAAACUUGGGCUGCUUAAGUGCAGACUUUUCUACCCUGGGUCAACUGGUUCUGAAGUGUAACACAUAGGAUUACUGUACCAGCUAUUACUGUUAUUUUAUAAUGGGGGCAUAUGGUAUACAGUAUGAGUGAUCCUAAUGGACUGAUUGAAUUUUGGUUUUAUAACUGUUUGACUUCAGUACAUCAGUUGAUGGCAUGUAGAGUGAAAAUAAAAAUACAGGUCUUUUCACAUAUUACCAACUAUUAGCCAAUAGUACACUAUGCUCCUUGUGGGUAAAUGAUGCACUUCCAAUUUAAUGUGUUGAUCAGUGUAAAGCUUUAGUUCUAGUGGUAAUUUGCUUGUCCAAUAAAUACUGUAUAUUACAUGUACAUUGCUACAAUAUAAGGCAUGUGUAAUAUG